AUGGAGUGGCUGUCGCAGCAUGUGCAAAUAGACGAACAAGCGGUGAAACUGUGUGAUAUUUGCCACGAAGCCAAAGUAACAACGCGUCCGAAAAGUCACUGUGAGUUGCACAGAGAUGGUAUACAGCUCACAAGUUCAGCGGGUGCUCCACUGGUAGGAGCGUUUGUUCCUCAGUGUGAUGCCAAUGGAGAGUAUACUCCACGACAGUGCCACGGUUCCACUGGGCAUUGUUGGUGUGUAGACACCCGAGGACAAGAAAGACCUGAUACUAGAAGUCCUCCAGGGGCAACGAGCAUCCAGUGUGAAAAAACAGACCCUCCUAAAAGCCAUUGUGAGCGGCACAGAGACGGCGUGCAGACCACUAGUCCAGAUGGUUUACCAAUUUUGGGAGUCUUUGUACCUCAGUGUGACGAUAACGGGCACUACAUCCCUAAGCAGUGUCAUGGUUCCACUGGGCAUUGUUGGUGUGUGGACAGCCAAGGACAAGAAAGACCUGGCACUAGAAAUCCUCCAGGUGCACCAGCUAUCGACUGUGCAAGCACAGGUACCUAA